UUAAAAAGUUGUCACUAAAAGUUAUUUAUUUAUUUUUUUUUGUAGAUUUAGAAGCUCUCGAUUUUUUCUGAUCGUAACAUUUUUGUAUAUACUACUCCGGUUGAGCUUUUGAAUACCUUCGAUAAAUAUUUUCUGAAUAAUUUGUCAAAUUUUAAGUAGUGUGACAUGCUUAUAUACAACUAUAUAUAUUUUUAUAUUUAUAUUAAUAUUUAUAUACAUUAUAUAUGUUACAACUUACAAGCACUACUAAGACUUGGUAGAAGAUAAGUAAACAAUAUUAAGGAAAAUACCUAACAACUCAUAUGAAUUUCUUUCUUUUUUUAAAAAAAAAAAUAUAAAUAAUUGAAAUAUAUUUGUGUUAUUAAUUCAAAUAAUAAUAUAAGGUCUACAUAAAAAUUGAAAAAGUCUUCUCUCAACAACUAUAUAAAUAGAUGAUAGACCACCCCAUAAUAGAAAUUACACUACUACAACAUAAUAUUAUUUGCUAUUAUACUUACACACAUAUACAUACAAAUAUAUAUCAUCUCAAUUCAAUAUCAUGGCUAUGCUAUAUGAUGAGAAAAAUGAUCAUGUUAAGCAAGUAUCUAAAGUGGGAAUAAUCGGAGCUGGGAUUAGCGGUAUAGCCGCAGCCAAACAGCUCUCCAAACACAAUCCUGUCGUGUUGGAGGCUACGGAAUUCAUAGGGGGUGUUUGGAAACACUGUUCGUACAGUUGUACGAAACUCCAAACACCCCGUUGUGAUUUCGAGUUCUCGGAUUUUCCUUGGCCGGAUAGGGAUAACACUACUUUUCCUACACAUAUCCAGGUCUUGGAUUACUUGUAUUCCUAUGCCAAACACUUUGAUGUGCUCAAGUGCAUCAAGUUCAAUUCAAAGGUGGUUGAGAUUCGUUACGCUGGUCUCGACCGCACUGGAACAUUGCUCAAUAAUGAGAGUAAUAAUCAGAUGUGUGGAGAGUAUGGUAAGCUUUUGAAUGGUCAUCCUGUUUGGGAAGUUGCCGUUAGGGACACUUCUAAUCAAUCAAACGGCGCCGUUCAGUGGUAUGGAUUUGAGUUUUUGGUGAUAUGUAUUGGAAAAUAUGGAGAUAUGCCAAGAAUGGAAAACACAUACAAUGGAGAAUAUUCAGCUUUCUCUGGAAAAGUCUUACACUCAAUUGAAUACUCAAAGCUGGACAAAGAAGCUGCUCAUUCUCUAUUGAAUGGUAAAAAAGUUGCUGUUAUUGGCUACAAAAAAUCAGCCAUUGAUUUAGCCAUGGAGUGUGUCCAAGCAAACCAAGGAUGUGAAGGAGAAGCAUGCACAAUGGUGAUAAGGACUCUACAUUGGAUAGUUCCUUCAUAUUGGAUAUGGGGACUCCCAUUCUUCUUGUUUUAUUCAACAAGGUCUUCUCAAUUUCUUCAUCAAACCCCAAAUCAAACCCUUUUCAAAACCUUUUUAUGCCUCCUUUUUUCUCCAUUGAGAAGAGGAAUAUCAAAAUUCAUAGAGCAAUACUUGUUAUGGAAACUACCAUUGGUGAAGUAUGGACUAAAACCAGAUCAUCCAUUUGAAGAGGACUAUGCUUCAUGCCAAAUGGCUAUUUUGCCUGAGAAUUUCUUUGAAGAAGCAGAUAAAGGAAAAUUGAAGUUCAAAAAGGCUUCAAAAUGGGGUUUUUGGAGUGGUGGUAUUGAAUUUGAAGACAAAACUAGAUUAGAAGUUGAUGUAGUUCUUCUUGCAACUGGCUAUGAUGGCAAGAAAAAACUCCAAUCUAUAUUUCCUCACCCUUUUAAGAGCCUUCUUCUUGACUCCAAUGGUGUCAUGCCCUUAUAUAGGGGUACAAUUCAUCCACUGAUACCGAACAUGGCAUUUGUAGGGUACAUAGAAAGUGUAUCUAAUUUGCAAACAGCAGAAUUGCGCUGUAAGUGGUUGUGUAGGCUAGCGGACGAGAAAUUCAAGCUUCCUCCAGUGAAGAAAAUGCUAGAACAAAUAAAUGAAGAGUUAGAGAUCAUGAAGAGAAGUACAAGAUUCCACAAAAGGCAUUGCAUUUCAACUUUUAGCAUCAACCAUAGUGAUGAAAUUUGCAAAGAGAUGGGAAUUAAUCCAUGGAGGAAAACCAAUUGGUUUUGGGAAGCUUUUAGCCCUUAUAGCAGCCAAGACUAUUAUGAUGAGAAUGAAUGAAUAUAUAUUAUUAGAAAAAGAAAAGAAAAGAAUAAUUUUAAUAAUAUUAUUUAUGGGAUUGGGAUAUGCAUGUGGGGUAAUUAGAUAUUUAAUAUAUAAUAUUAGAGAAUAAGAAAAUGAAUAAUUUAAUGCUCUAUUAAUUAUAUGUGUUUGUACUUAUAAUAAUAAUUAGUAAUUAUGAUGUGUGUGGAUUGUGAUCACAUGAAAUAAAUAAUAAUUUGAAGAAGCUUUAGUAGUAUUUAUUUAUAAUUUGUUCUAUUUUUUUUUCUUUAAGAAUAAGUUAUUUAAUUAUGUUUAACCUACCUAUAUA